UAUUUCACACUGUUGAGUUUAUUGUUAAUAAUAUAUAGUAUUUUUGUUUUGUUUAGUGGGGUAUAUAAUGAAAUUGGAGAUUGUAAAGGCAUUAUUGUCUUGAAUAUUCAAAUAUGUUGGUGGUGAAUGAUGGCAGUUUGUUUAGUGAUGGAGGUGGAAAGUGUUAGUGAUGGCAGUGUUGCAGCUGACGUCCAGGAGGUAGCAUACUUCACUUCACCUUCAUCAUAGUCAUGGCAACCAGUCGUUUUGCAGAGGUGCAGCAAGGUGCUCCUAUUGAGGUGUUCGCCGUCAGUAAGGCCUUCAGUGACAGCACUCACCAGAAGAAGGUUAACCUCAGUGUUGGAGCUUACCGUACAGAUGAGGGAAAACCAUGGGUGUUGCCAGUGGUUAGGAAGGUGGAAGUGGAGCUUGCAGCAGAUACAUCUCUCAACCAUGAAUACUUGCCAAUUUUGGGUUUUGAUGCAUUUUCCACUGCUGCAGCAAAAAUGCUUUUAGGUGCAUCUCAUCCAGUCAUUGCUGAAGGAAAGGUAACAGCAGUACAAACAUUGUCUGGAACAGGAGGCCUUCGUAUAGCAGCUGAUUUCCUGGGCCAUGUCCUGAAAUACAAUACAGUUUACUACUCUACACCAACUUGGGGCAACCAUCGUCUGAUUUUCCUUCAAGCUGGGUUUUCUGAGAUUUGUCAGUAUCGGUACUGGGAUGCAGAAUCACGUGGCCUUGACAUUAAUGGCAUGAUAGAAGACCUGUCUAAAGCCCCAGAAAACUCUGUUAUUAUCCUCCAUGCCUGUGCUCAUAACCCAACUGGUGUUGAUCCCACACAAGAUCAGUGGAAGAGGAUAGCUGAUGUAGUUGAAGAAAGGAAGCUAUUUCCCUUGUUUGACUCUGCCUACCAAGGUUUUGCAUCAGGCGACCUAGACAGUGAUGCAUGGGCAGUGCGGUACUUUGCCAGUCGUGGUUUUGAGAUGAUGAGCAGCCAAUCCUUCUCAAAGAACUUUGGCUUGUAUAAUGAACGUAUUGGCAAUCUUGUGGUUGUGGUGAAGGACCCAUCCUGUAUUACUGCAACAAGAUCUCAGCUAACACUGCUGGUACGAGGUUCUUAUUCCAACCCACCUUGCCAUGGUGCCCGUAUUGUGUCCAGGGUUCUCAGUGAUCCUGUACUCUUUGAAGAGUGGAAAGGCUGCAUAAAGACGAUGAGUGGGCGCAUUAUAGAAAUGCGCAAAGGUCUCAGGGAACGUCUAGAGAAGUUGGGUACACCAGGCACUUGGGACCACAUCACUGCCCAAAUUGGAAUGUUCUCCUUCACAGGGUUGUCUGCAAAGCAGUCAAAAUACUUGGGAGAAAAGUACCACAUCUUCCUUUUGUCUAGUGGUCGUAUAAAUAUGUGUGGCAUCACAACAGGGAACAUAGAUUAUGUUGCAGAGGCAAUUAAUGAUGCAGUCUGCAAUGUGUCCUAGAUUGUCCUGUAAAGUAUAUUAACAUCAAUGUUGACAGAUUAAGAAAAAUCAGAAGCCUGUAUAGCUACUGCUACCACCUGCUGUGAUAAUGUAAAGAUUAUACCAAGUUCAUAUAAUGGUCAAGGAAGUAUGACAAGCAAGUAGAAUUUAAGGGAUUUUCUUAGUUCUAAUUGGUUGUCUAGUAGAUAUUGUAUAUAUAGUUUCAUGUACCCUAUGUUACUGGCCAUAACAAACUUUUUGCUAGGUAUGCUGAAUAAAAUAUCCCAUCUUAAGAGUGCAAGGCCUCGUCCCCCACACACACGUAUACACAGUGGAGAAGGUAUCUUAGGUUUUGUUGUUGUAGGGUUACGGCAGUUUCAUGAGGCUCUUACUGACUGGUGUGAUGACUACAAAAAUUCUUUUGUAAAUAUAAACUAUUUAAUUUUAUUAAAGUAAGACAGCAUAAUUUCCUCACAUUUUCAGGGAUAGAAAUGAGUGGAUAGGAGCAGGUUGUGAACAUUUCCCAGAGAGGAAGGCUAUCUGCACAUCCUUGCUUAUUUAUCGAGAGUUAACUAAAUGAUGCACACGGUAUAUAUAAUUUCCUCUGUUUUACCCUGAUUAUGCAAAUGUAAACAGAGGAUACAAGUACCACUGGGAGAAGUAGCUCUUGUGAACAGCACCAGAAUCUGUGACUUGAUCACAAAAUUUACUUUUAGCUCUUGAACAGUCAAGGGCCCAAAAUUAAACUUGUCACUGGUGCCCAUGAAGAUCUACUUGGAUGUCACUGUUGCUUAUGUAGAGCUACAUUUUUAAGCACAGCACCCUGAAAUAUGCUCUGAGCAGUAAAUUUUGGCCUAGUCAUGAGAAUGCAUCUUAACGGUGAGUGCACAGUAUAUAAAAAAUUCCCAUUCCAUAUGAUACAUGGGGGGAAAAGCAAACCUAUGACCUUGUUUGGUUUAAAAUAGAAACUGGGGGUUUUCUAGGGAGGUUUUAUUAGAUAUUUCUUAUCAGUUGAUAGAAUGGAAAACAUACUAGUGACAUGAUCUUGGUCUAUUUUAAGGCCAGAAGUAGCUUGAAAUAGGGCUCUAAGUUGUGGAAAUAUUCAGUUACUGGACAUUUUCCUGAGGAAGGGUAGAGCCUCCUACUCUCUCUGCGGGUUUAACGAGAUUUUAUUAGGUCUGCUUCAUUUGUUGGAUGCCCUAAACCAUGAUAAUUUUUUCUUUGUUAUAUUUGAUCCUUGUGGCUUAGCGCUUCUUUUUGAUUAUAAUAAUAUAAUAAUGUUAUAUUUGAUCAUUCAGUGUUUUGAAUCUGUAGAACCAUUUCCAACUUGCUGUUGGAACAGUCUAGGUCAAACUAAUACAUUAAUCUGCUUGGGAGUAAGAAUCAUUUCAGCAUGCCAUGGUGGACUGACAUUCUAUUCCCAUAAUGCCCUGUGGGGGCCAUGGUGUUAUGUAUUUUGCACACCCACUGUGUAACUAGUUUUUGGCUAGGCCUCACAGCCAGAUUUGAAGGUGCCAUGAUUUGUGUAGAUCUAUGGCACCCAUACUGAUGAAACUGAUGCUCUAUAUAUUUAUAUAUAUAUGCUUCUAAACUGUUGUGUUAUGAGCACCUCUGCAAAAACAGUGAUUGUUUUUGCAGAGGUGGCCAGAAAACAACAGUUUAGAAGCAUGUAUGUAUAAAGAUACACAACAUAUCCCUCCAAACUGCCAAUAUCCCAAACCCCUCCUUUAAAGUGUAGGCAUUGUACUUUCCGUUUCCAGUACUCAAGUCCGUCUAUAUAAAAAUAACUGGUUUCCCUGAAUCCCUUCACUUAUUACCCUGCUCACACUCCAACAGCUCAUCAGGUCCCAAAUACCAUUAGUCUCCAUUCACUAUCUAACGUGUUCAUGCAUGCUUGCUGGAAGUCCAAGCCCCUCGCCCACAAAACCUCCUUUACCCCCUCCCUCCAACCUUUUCGAGGACGACCCCUGCCCUGCCUUCCUUCUACAGAUUUAUAUGCUCUCCAUGUCAUUCUACUUUGAUCCAUUCUCUAAAUGACCAGACCACCUCAACAACCCCUCUGCAGCCCUCUGACUAAUACUUUUAUUAACUCCACACCUCCUAAUUUCCACACUUCGAAUUCUCUGCAUAAUAUUUACACCACAUUUCCCUUAGACAGGACGUCUCCACCGCCUCCUCGCUGCAUCAUUUACAACCCAAGCUUCACACCCAUAUAAGAGUGUUGGUACCACUAUACUUUUAUACAUUCCCUUCUUUUCCUCCAUAGAUAAUGUUUUUUGUCUCCACAUAUACCUCAAUGCACCACUCGCCUUUUUUCCUUCAUCAGUUCUUUGGUUAACCUUAUCCUUCGUACAUCCAUCUGCUGACAUGUCAACUCCCAAAUAUCUGAAAACAUUCACUUGUUCCAUACUACUCCUCUCCAAUUUGAUACCCAAUUAUUCUUUAUCUAAAUUGUUAGAUACCCUCAUCACCUUACUAGUUUCUAUUAAUUUUAACCCUGAUUAUGCAGUGGAAGGAAGCAGAAAUCGGUAUGAAAUCACUUACAUUGACUGCUGUGCAGGAAAUGGCUAAUUUAGUCACAUUUGUUAGACCUGCGACUCCCAGGUGAUAGAAUUUAAACAAAAAUCAAUUUCCUUGUAAGAUAUGAAAACUGGUUUACUCCCAUCUGUGAGGCCUGAUAUUACCAUGUCUAAUAUCUGGGGUUAUGCAAAAAUGAUGUGGCCAGUAAUAUAAUAGUUUUCAGAAUAAUGAAUAUUGUUUAAGAAAUUUAAUUUCAAAUUAGAUAAUCUCUUAAAUUAGGUUAAAUUUCAAGUUAUCAACUCUUAAUAUAAUUGGUUUUCAAUACUCUCUUUAAAACUGCAAUGAGUUCUUGGUUUACAAAGAUUAUUUUAUGUGGGUGGUUUAGCACUUUCUUUGAUUAUAACAAUAAUAAUUUUGUGGGUUUUAAACAUAAAUUAUGCAGUAGCACAGAAUCUAAGUGUAGGGAACUAGCACCAAAGAAAUUGUAUGUUAACUACAUGAUGAAGUACAUUUCACAUUUAAAAGCAAAUGCUGGCAAGCACUGUUUAUCAUUAAUGAAAAAAGUAAUUGUACAAGUAUCAUGCAAUAUUAAUAAGCAGUAAUUUUUCUCAAACACUAAAAGCAAAAUGUUUGGCAAACUGUGUAUUAUCAAAUUUAUAUAGUUUGUAUUUUACACUUGAAACACUUCUUUCUCUCAAUUGAACACUUGCUGAAUUAGAGAGGCUAUCAUUAAGGUACUUCAAUUUAGAGAAUACCUAGUGUGUUAUUAUUAAACCAGGUAAUACUGACCUUAAAAGAAAACUGAAUUAGGCUGUAACCUUCUAGUAUGAGAUUUGUCUAUAGGGUUGGUUUGUGGUUUUAUGUGGUAAGCCUAAGUAGUCGACGGUAGCCCGUGUAAAUACUCGAGUGUGGCAAGACAGUAAGUGGUCAAGGGUAGUGCAUGUAAAUACUUCAUGUGUAUUCAAUGAAAGUAAAAUGUAUAAAUU